AACAGAUUAAGUUGGACUUCGUAAAGAAAGAAGGACUUGCCCAAAAUUACAGUGCUUUGGCAUAUGUCCAGUUCCUUCUGGGGUUUCACGAGAAGGCACAUAACAACUUCAUGACAUCUGUGGAGCUACACAUGGAAUGCCAUGGGGAUGAAUUAUACAAGACACUCAUUGUCACUUAUAGAAACCUUGCCUGGUUAAACUACCACAUGAGGAACUACACAAAAUGUGAAAGUUAUCUGAAGAAGCUUCAUGAGAUAAAUGAAACCUUUACAGCUGAGUUAUCUGUUCCAGAGGUGCUUGGUGAGAAGGGAUGGACUUUCCUUAAAUUUUCACGCAAAUAUUACGAUAGAGCCAAACAAUGUUUCAAGAAGGCUUUAGGUCUGGAACCUGAGGAAGGUGAAUGGAAUGCUGGUUCUGCCAUUGCUCGCACCGAAUACGAGAGGUUCACUUUGGAGGAUUCGCCUACAAUAAAACAACUGAGACGUGCCAUUGACACGAAUCCAGAUGAUGAUGUUCUCAAAGUCCUCUUAAGCAUGUGACCGAUUGUUUACAAGAGGUACAGAGAGGCAGAGAGCUUAGUAGAGAGGGCUUUAGAAAGAUCUCCAGAUCACCCACAUGUCAUGCGAUAUGUUGCAAAAUUCUUCAGAAAUCAUGGAAGUAUGGACAGAUCAACUGCUCUUUUAAAGUGAGUACUUGAACACUCACCUCAUUUAAGUUUCAUACAUCAUCAGUUAGCUCUUUGCUAUAAGCUGAAGAAAAUCCAACUGCUGCAGGAGGGAAGUCACCCUACUAAAGGGUCAAGAAAAGUUCAACAGAUUCGCCAUCAAUGCAUCUAUCAUUUAGAAAAGGCCACUAGCCUGACAGCCUCCUUCAUUUCUGCAAUGAGUGAACUAGCGCUGCUGUAUGGAGAAAACCACAACAUGUUGCAGGCUGAGGAGCUGUUUCAUGUCACAUUCAAAGCAGCCAAAGAUAAAAAUGACAGUCUACAUGUGGUCAGUUUUUACUAUGCUGAAUACCAGCUCUACAGCCACAGAUGUGAGCAGUUAGCUGUCAAAAAAUACAUGGAAUGUAUGAAGAUGAGCCGAAGGGAAAAGAAGUGCCUACAGUUUAAAGAAGAUCACUGACAAACGGAUUAAGAGAAACUCGUUGGAAGGGGAGGCUUAUGGGAUAUUAGGGUUUCUUCAUAAGAUAAAAGGGGAGAAACAUCAGUAACCUUAGUGCACUCAGGCUGUCCUUACAGCAAAGUCAUCACAUAUUAUGUGCUUACACUAUCAGAUGUACAUUAUGCAAUAUGCAUUUGGGUGUGCUACAUGUACUGACACUUUAUGGUUAUAACUGUAUAAUUGAGUUUAAGUAAGAAAAACAGGAUCAGAAAAUAUAUAAUAAACUGUAUCUUUAUGUUGAUGUUCUAAUAUUAAUGGCUAAAAAUAUUUUACAAUAUUUCUAAACUCUCAUUACCCAAAAGUCACUUUACACUAAGAGCUUUAAAUAAAAUUCAUCAUGUAUAUAAUGCUUGUCGGUUUGUCUGU